AUGUCUACUGAAUCUGCUUUAUCCUACGCCGCUUUGAUCUUGGCUGACUCCGAUAUUGAAAUCACUUCUGAAAAAUUAUUGGCUUUAACUACCAAAGCUAACGUUGAAGUUGAAGGUAUCUGGGCUGACUUGUUCGCUAAAGCUUUAGAAGGUAAAGACUUGAAAGAAUUCUUCUUCAACUUCUCCGCUGCUCCAGCUGCCGCUGCUGGUGCUGCUGGUGCUUCUGCUGGUGCCGCUGCUGGUGAAGAAGCUGCUGAAGAAGAAAAAGAAGAAGAAGCUAAAGAAGAAUCCGAUGAUGAUAUGGGUUUCGGUUUGUUCGAUUAA